UCUUUUCCUUCAAUUACAGUCUGCCAUCCUUCUAUAAUCUUCUCUUCAUUCAAUUGCUGCCAGAACAAUCCAGAGAGAUUAUGAACGAUAGAGAGACAGAGAGAGGGAGUGCGUGUGUUUCUUUGCUUUGCACGAAGAGAUAGAGAGAGAUCAUCAUCUCAGCAAGAGGUCGGUUGCUCUUUGUCACGAGUGUGAUCGGAGAGGUUUUGAUUAGGCGGUUUGUAUCAAAUCUCUUCUCAGCUUUCAUCACCAACUCUAAAAAUUUGGGUUCGUCAUCCGCAUGGGUAAUUAGUUGAGCGGAUUCUGGGUGUUUUCUCAUCUUUGGUUUUGGGUGACAAGCUAUUUAGUUGUACCCCAGACACUCAUAGAGACAGAGAGGAGGCAAAGUUAAGAGAAAAGAACAGGAGAAGAAGACGACGAUGUUCAUAGGCUAUCAGUUCAGUUGUUUUUGUCCUUUCAACACAUCGGCCUUUGGAAUGUUCAGUUGUUCAAUUUGAUCGAUUUUAUGCAAAAGAAUUUUGGCACCAUCUUUCUGCAGCUGUUCCUUUGCCUAUUGCUCAGUGUCGUCUUGCUUGCUUAUUCUUAUUCAGUUAUAAACGAUUUUAGGAGCAGUUUGCAGCCAGAUUAUUCAACUGUCUUGAAUUCAGAGAUGGAAGAUAAGAGUGUGAGGAGAGGAAUGAAGAGAUUAUUAGAGCAGUGUGCUGCUGAAAGAAGUGGAUCUGAUUGUGUUAACUCUAAGAGGUUUAGAACAAUGUUGCAUCCACACAUUGCUGAUCCAUCAAAUCAACCUCAGAAUCUAGAUGCAUUUGAACAUAGUGAGGAUCAAGGAAGAAGUGAAUCUAAUCCUGUUAAAUCUAAGAGGUGGAGAACAAUGUUUCAUUCAGAUAUUUCUGAAGCAUCAAGUGAAUGCGAGAAUGUCGUUAUUGAGGAUGCAGAGGUGGCACCAAAGAGUAUGAUGAGGAGAAUGAACAAAUUAUUACGCCAGUGUCGUGCUGAAAAUCACAAAAUUGGAGAGGCAACUGAGCAAGGAAGAAUUGAAUCUAAUCGUGAAUGUUUACAACCAUUUGGUCAAGCAUCAUAUCAAAGAAGUAUACAAGGAUUGGUUGUCACAUACGAGGAUUCUGGCGAUAACAUCUAUACCUGCGAUUAUUGUAAUGCACGUUUUUGGUCUGGAGAAGCUAUUAAAAAAUCAUCUGCAAAUGCACCUCUUAUUUAUACAAACUGUUGUAAAAAAGGUCAAAUCAAAAUCGAACAAGCAAAACCAACACCCAUUUUUCUUGAAAUGUUAUUAAAUCCUGAUAAUGGCCCAGAGAGCAAAUUAUUUAGAGAAAAUAUCAGAGUUUAUAAUUCAAUGUUUUCUUUUACAUAA